AUGCCCGUGCGGGAGCACGAGCAACCCGACCGACAGGGUUCAGAGAGCUCGACCAGCAGCUGGAGGUCCCAAGAAACCGUCCGGAAUACAGACACUUUGCGCCCGGAUCAGAAUAAACCAUCAUCCAACGGUCGCAAUGCUGACCAGUUUCCAGGAAGUUUAACUAUGGACAAAUCUGGGCCGUCCAAAGCUCAGGGAAUGGACUGGAGUUGGACAUGGAGCUCCCCAGACAUUUCCCCCACCGAGGAACGGAAGGGUUCUGGGUUCAGUAACCAUCGCAAGGCUCUGGCAGUCCUUGGAGCUGGUGAUGAUCCCGCCCGAUCAUUUUCCACAACACCGCACCCCCUCCCAUCAACCCUCCACGCCCCGGCGCCGAAGAACUCGACUCGAUUGCUCCCCAACUCCGAAGGCCCGGGAACCUUCUUCAAUUCCGCUUCCGAAUAUGAAGCUUCACCUGCGUCGGCCACGUUUCGCCCGACUACCGGGCGGACAUUCGCCAGUGAACCCGCCGAUAUGGAUUGGAACGGGGACCAUCGCCGACCGUCUGCUACGAGCAUGACGAGUAGCACAGGGUCCAAGUCAAGCACCGGUGCGAGGCUGUGGAAGAAGAAAUCCAAGGCUUCGGCUAGUGAUGAAUGGCCCGUGCCUGAUGAGCCCGAUGAGGAUGGCCACUAUAACACAUCCAGUAGGCGGGGUGGGCCAAUUGACAAGGUCAAAGCUCGAGAAAGAGCCAACUCAGAUGGUUCAGAAGCAUCGCAGCGGCCUUCGCGAGCUCGAGCAGGAACCCCGGCCCCAUCGAGUGAGAUUACGCCGUGGUUGUAUCAAAACGUUCACGACAUCUCACAAUAUGGCGAGGCUCCUAUACGACAGGUGCCAAUCGGUCCUGAUGGUCAGCGUCUCGCCUCCGCGGGCGGUCUUCCCCGUGGUACUGCCAGAGAUACUCGACGAACGGCCAACGGACAUCGUCAUUCACGCAGCAAGGAGGAAAAGCCAACACUUGCUGGGGAUUUGGCUGGUUAUCAGUCUCGUCCCUCAGGUGGACGGGAUGACUUCUCUGUCGGACUGAAGCCCUUCGGUGACCAUUACCUCCAUUCGUCUAGUGCUAUGAGCUCACAGACCACCUUGAGUGGACGGCCUACCAGCCCGACCCCCAGUGUGCAAAGCGCUGUCUACCGUGAUCAUGGUUAUCAUUCUCCCGGGGCGCCACACGAUAAGCGAGGUAUCUUGAAUCGAGUCCGACACCUAUUGCCGGGCUCGCACAAACCGCAUGAAAAGUCGAAGCACGAUCAUACACUGCGCCGGCAGCCAAGCCUCGAGGGAAGUUCUCCUCGCCUAGACUCGGCAGACUCGGACCGAAAGAAGGAACCCGCAAAGCGCAAGCUCAAGGGACGAUUCCCCAUCGGUGGAGAUCCCCACGCCUCCAGGGAGAAUGCAGCUCAAGACGAAGAAGGCUCGCAUGUCUUCAAGCUCGAUACCAAUCUCAAGGAUUUAGACGACAUCGUUCGCGCAGCUUCUCCCAGUCAGAUGAAACGCGUUGCUGAUGGCACAACCACACCACGGGAGGACCCGACCAAGUCUGAACAGGCGGGAGGUCUCGAUACCUGGUCGGCUCCGGAGAGUUGGGCUGUGAAGAAGGAAAAGGAUCCCGUCGUGGAGGCUGGACCACAGCCCACGAGUGCUGCCUAUUUCAUCCGCGUCUUCCGUAUAGACUCGACAUUUGCAACUCUCUCGGCCGGUGUCAACGCAACCGUCGCUGAGAUCCUGUACAUGCUAGGGCGCAAGUCUUUCCUGCAGGAUCAUCUCAACAACUAUGAGAUCGUCCUACGGAAGAAUGACCUCUCUCGGCAGCUCGAUCAUAACGAGCGGCCAAUUCUCAUGCAAAAACAACUUUUGGAACAAGUUGGAUACACGGAGAAGGAUCGUAUAGAGGACAUUGGUCGUGAGGACCACAGCUAUCUCUGCCGCUUCAUCUUCUUGCCUACAAAACUCAGCGGUUACACCAGUCUCGAGGGUGAUCCUGGCUUUAGCAAGAUGUCAAAGUUUAGCCACGUUGAUCUUCAGGGCCGCAGCUUGGUUACUAUCCCCAUUACUCUGUACAAGAAGUCCUCCGAGAUCAUCUCAUUGAACUUGUCCAGGAAUCUGUCUCUUGAUGUGCCAAAGGAUUUCAUCCAGAGCUGUAUCAACUUGCGGGAAAUCAAGUUUAUCGGCAACGAGGCUAAACUUCUUCCUUCGAGUUUCAGCCUGGCCAGUCGCUUGACUUACUUGGAUAUAUCCAACAAUUUCCUGGAAGAGCUGGAACACGCACAGCUUGAUCGACUGACUGGUCUUGUCAGCAUCAAGAUGGCGAAUAACCACUUGACCAAGCUGCCCAGCUACUUUGGAAACUUCCAGUAUCUCCGGAGCUUGAACAUGUCUUCGAACAGCUUUAAGGUUUUCCCAGAGUUCUUGUGCCAGCUGCGGAGCUUGGUGGACCUCGAUAUCAGCUUCAACAGUAUCGAGGAGAUUCCCAAUAUCGGUCAACUGGCUACGCUUGAGCGUCUUUGGAUGACGAACAAUAAUAUCAGCGGGUCUCUUGAUGAGUCUUUCCGAGAACUAGUGAACCUAAAGGAGAUCGACGGUCGCUUUAACGCGAUCACCAACAUUGACAACUUGUCCCGGCUGCCUCGCUUGGAGCAAGUGUUCUUUGGCCACAAUCUUAUCUCCCGAUUCCGCGGGGCGUUCCCCAAGCUGCGCAGUCUCCACAUGGAUCACUGUCCACUGACCCAGUUUGAUAUCGACGCUCCUAUGCCGACUUUGAGCUCCCUUAACCUUGCAUCUGCCAAGCUCUCGCAAUUCCGUGAUGCCAUGUUUGAGAACUUGCCGAAUGUCUCCAAGCUUAUCCUCGAUAAGAACCAUUUAUCGUCAAUCUCUGCACAAAUCGGCAAGCUGCGACGCCUGGAGCAUUUCAGUAUCAUCAAGAAUCCACUCGGUUCUUUGCCUGCCAGUAUCGGCUGCAUGACUGAGCUAAAAGAGCUCAACGCGCGAGAGUGUAACCUCAAGUUCUUGCCAGAUGAGAUUUGGCACUGCGCCAAGUUGGAGACUCUCAAUGUUUCUACAAAUCUUCUGACUACAUUCCCCAAACACGGCGCUCCUCAGCCCCUUGUUCCUGGAGAGCCCACCACAACUCCCGUGUCAACCCCGGCACUGGUCGGGAAUCCGAACUACGAGGAACUGGGCCCCUUAGAUGAACUCAACUUCCGCCGACCCAGUCAAACAUCCAGCGGCGCUAUGGGAUCCGGGUCAUCUCCGAGCGGCUCAUAUCGACACCCGUCGACCACACCUUCUAUCGGACAGUCAGGGCCAAGGAAGGUUUCUACUGCAUCACGGAGUGCUACUGAUGCGAGCUCCGGGUCUCGCAAGGAUUCGAAUUUCUCGCAGCAUGCAGCGGCUCUCACUUUUGCCGGGUCUCUCCGCAACCUGUAUCUUGCUGAUAACCAGUUGGAUGACGAUAUUUUCCGCGAGCUAGCUCGUCUCCCUGAGCUUCGUAUCGUCAAUCUGUCUUACAACGAGUUGACAGAGCUGCCACAGGGUGUCCUCAAGCGAUGGCCUCUGAUUUCCGAGCUUUACCUGUCGGGCAAUGAGCUCACAUCGCUUCCAUCCGAUGACUUGGAAGAAGGCAGCAAUCUGAAGAUUCUCCACAUCAACGGCAAUCGAUUCCAGGUUCUGCCUGCAGAACUUUGCAAGGUCAGCAAGCUUUCCGUUCUUGACGCGGGAAGCAACGCGUUGAAAUACAAUGUCUCCAAUUGGCCCUAUGAUUGGAACUGGAACUGGAAUCGAAGUUUGAGGUACCUCAACUUCUCUGGCAAUAAGCGUCUUGAGAUCAAACCCAACAUUGGCACUGUGGGCCAGUCAACUGGAAGUGGUGCCGAUCUGACUGACUUCACGUCUCUCACCCAUCUCCGAGUUUUGGGUUUGAUGGAUGUCACCUUGACCAUCCCCACUAUUCCUGAUGAGAAUGAGGACCGCCGCGUGAGAACCUCUGCCUCCCUUGCUGGCUCGCUUGCAUACGGAAUGGCAGACUCGCUGGGCCGGACCGAGCAUCUGUCUAUUAUUGAUAUGAUCGUUCCCCGCUUGAAACCCGACAAUGUCGAGACAUUGAUGGGUAUGUUUGACGGGUCAACCAUGUCCAGCGGUGGCUCUCGUGUUGCAAAGUAUCUCCACGAGCACUUCACGCCAACAUUCUCCCGCGAGCUCAAGAAGCUCCAGCAAGACCGGGGAGAAACCCCGCUCGAUGCUCUGCGACGUGCAUUCUUAGCCCUGAACAAGAACAUGGCUGGACAUGCGUACCGUUCCAUCGAUGACCGUGAGCUAAGACAGUAUAACCGUGGAUCACUUGCCUCGAAACAGCUCUGCCAGGACGAUAUCCAAGCUGGUGGAGUCGCUACCGUGCUGUACUUGAAUAACAUGGAUCUGUAUGCAGCCAAUGUCGGCGAUGCACAAGCGAUCCUGGUCAAGCAAGACGGUUCAUCGCGCCAAUUGACUCGAGUUCACGAUCCCGCAGAAUCUAGUGAGCGGGCACGCAUUCGCGCUGCUGGCGGAUUCGUGUCUCGUAAUGGCAAGUUGAAUGAUGUACUCACUGUUUCGAGAUGCUUUGGUCACUUCCCCAUGAUGCCCGCUAUAAUUGCUGCUCCUGCCACCUUGCAUGCCACCUUGACUGAGCAAGAUGAGAUGAUCAUCUUGGGUUCAAAGGAGCUGUGGGAUUAUAUUACCCCGCAGCUGGUAGUCGACGUUGCUAGGGAUGUGUAUCCAAACCUUAUGCUCGCAGCUCAGAAACUCCGCGAUCUAGCUAUUGCCUUUGGGGCAACAAACAAGUUGAUGGUCAUGAUUCUGGGAGUCAGCGAGCUGCAACGCCGGCAGAAGAAGUGGUCUCGUCCUAGCAUGAACUUGGAACGUUCUGCGUUCCCCGAUGAUGGCAUCGUUCCCUCGACCAAGAUUCGUCGCAGACCUCGUGAUAUGCCAGCUGACACUCGUCUUGCGCGCUUCGAUUAUGUCGAUGCUCCGAUUGGUGAGUUGGCUAUCAUAUUCACUGAUAUCAAGAAGUCGACUGGUCUGUGGGAGACUUGCCCUGAUGCUAUGCGCUCGGCUAUUUCCAUUCAUAACGACAUUCUCCGGCGACAACUCGGAAUCAUUGGUGGUUACGAGGUGAAGACGGAAGGUGACGCUUUCAUGGUGGCUUUUUCCACCACUACUUCUGCCUUGCUGUGGUGUUUCAACUGCCAGAACAGUCUUUUGGAAGCUGAAUGGCCUACGGAAAUCUUGGAUCAGCCACAGUGUGAAGUCACCUCCGACAUGGAAGGAAACAUCAUCUCUCGCGGUCUGUCCGUUCGCAUGGGUGGCCACUGGGGCGAGCCCGUGUGUGAAAAGGAUCCCGUCACCAACCGUAUGGAUUACUUCGGUCCUAUGGUGAAUCGAGCCUCGCGUAUUUCCGCCGUUGCCGACGGAGGCCAGAUCUUCGUCUCGUCGGACUUUAUGAGCGAUAUUCAACGUAACCUUGAGAUCUUUGCUGAUGCCGAGCGCUCCGCGUCGACUAGUUCGACUGACAGCCAUCCACGAGUUGAUAGCCUUGGGCACAACAUCCGUCGUGAGCUGAACCAGUUGAACAGUCAGGGCUUCGUGAUCAAGGACCAGGGCGAACGGAAGUUGAAGGGACUGGAGAACCCGGAACCCCUUUAUCUCGUCUAUCCUCAUUCGCUCGCUGGUCGCUUGACAAGCCUGGAAGAGGCUCAGCAAGAAAAGGAAGGCCAACCUGCGACCAUAGAAAAGGCGUCCAAGCUCAACCUGAACACUGACGAUAUCUGGCGUCUGUGGGAGGUCACUCUCCGUCUCGAGCGGAUUUGUGGCGCUUUGGAGAACCCCACUAGUGCUGGGCUUGGGGAGCCUAAUGUCGCUUUGUUCAAUAUGGUCAAGAACCACGGUGGUGAACUGAAUGAUCCCACCGUGCUUAGCUUGAUCGACCAGCAAGUCACUCGUAUCGAGGCCACCAUCAAUACUCUCACGGUCCGCAACAUGAUGCGCCCCUUCAAGCCCGGCGAUAAACUUGGAGACCACGCCGUCCCCAUUGGCGAAAUCUUCCAACAACUAGCCACCCAACUCGCAGAGUACCGCGCCCUCAAAGAACAAAUGGCCGUCGGGGCUGCUGGCAUCCCCGGCGGACCACCUGCACCCCAUUACAGCGGCAUCACCCUGCACUCAAACCUCAGUGCAGACAGCAACACCACCUCUGCCUCAUCCUCCUUCCUCCACCUGGACACACCUCGGUCCUUCGAUACUCGCAACAACCAAUGA